CCUUCAGCCCAAUAUCGUGUGCCACUAUCUUUAAAAAUCGAAGGGUUCCAUUCCAAUGUGUAAAGAAAAAUUUCGGGCUCCUUUUUGAAGAUUUCUCUCGAGCGCGUAAGGAAUAGCAUGGUAUUCUCUGGAAAUCAAAUGGCAAGUCUUUACAGAGGGCAAUCUAGGAAGGACAAUUACAAACCCAGAGCACGUCAUCAUGGGUUAAGUCAACAGAAGAGGCAAGAAAUUAGGGAAGCUUUUGAGCUAUUUGAUACUGAUGGCUCAGGCACUAUUGAUGCCAAGGAGUUGAAUGUUGCCAUGAGGGCGCUCGGUUUCGAAAUGACAGAAGAGCAAAUCAAUCAAAUGAUUGCAGAUGUGGACAAGGAUGGCAGUGGUGCAAUUGAUUAUGAUGAAUUUGAGCAUAUGAUGACGGCCAAGAUUGGAGAAAGGGAUACUAAAGAGGAGCUCAUGAAAGCAUUCCGCAUUAUUGACCAAGAUAACAAUGGAAAGAUAUCUCAUGAUGAUAUUAAGCGAAUAGCAAAGGAGCUGGGUGAGAACUUCACUGACAGAGAUAUUCAAGAGAUGAUUGAUGAAGCAGACCGAGAUGGUGAUAGAGAAGUGGGUAUUGAUGAUUUCUUCAGGAUGAUGAAGAGGACAGCAUAUAGAUACUAGAUUGAAGUUCAGCAUGAUGACAACAGGUCCAUCCUAUGCGAAGGGUUUAUUUCUGGGCCUUCAUGCCAUGCUAUUGCUGUAAUAUGUAUGUAGAAAUAAAGUUUUUCUUUCCUUUGUUUUCUUUCCAAUAAUGAUUUAUGGUGUAACUGGUUUUGUUUACAUGUAUUAUCGUUACUGUGUUGACGAA